UCCCGGAAGUGGCCGGCCCAGAGCGAGAACAGGGUUCUGCGCGAUCCCUGGCUGUUCUAGGCGGUAGUCUCCCGGCAACAGGGCCCCGCGGGGAGAGAGCGUCCAGGCAGGGGCCGCACACUGACGAGCGCGGCGCGGAGUGAGACCUGGCGACGAUGGCGGGGCCGCUGGCGCUGCAGCUGGAACAGUUGUUGAACCCACGACCGCGCGAGGCGGAUCCUGAGGCGGACCCAGAGGAGGCCACUGCUGCCAGAGUGAUUGACAGGUUUGAUGAAGGGGAAGAUGGGGAAAGUGAUUUCCUGGCGGUGGGUAGCAUUAGAAAACUGGCAUCAGCCUCCCUCUUGGACACAGACAAAAGGUAUUCUGGCAGGGCUACUUCUAGAAAAGCUUGGAAGAAGGACCAUUGGGAGCAGACUCUGCCAGAUUCAUCUGACCAGGAGAUACCUGAUGAGGAAGAGUCUGGAGAUAGAGAUUCAGAGGGGCUGGAUCUGGCGGGAUCCGAUGAAGAUGCCAUGAGUGCUGCUGAGGAAGAAGAGUGUGAUGAUGACAGGGACAGUAGUCUGGCCUGGAAGAAGAGCCAAAACCACUCUGGGAAAACACCGGGUUUUAGUGUCCAGAGCAUCAGUGACUUUGAAAAGUUCACCCAGGGAAUGGAUGACCUUGGUAGCAGUGAGGAGGAGGAAGAUGAAGAGGAGGAGGAGAGUGGCAUGGAGGAAGGGGAUGGGGAGGAAGACUCUGUGGGUGAGAGUGAGGAAGACAGAGCUGAAGACAGGAAUAGUGAAGACGACGGUGUCGUGAUGACGUUCUCUGGUGUCAGAGUUUCUGAGGAAGUGGAGAAAGGAAGAGCUGUGAAGAACCAGAUAGCACUGUGGGACCAGCUCUUGGAAGGAAGGAUCAAGCUACAAAAAGCUCUGUUGACCACCAAUCAGCUUCCUCAACCAGAUGUUUUCCCUAUUUUCAAGGACAAAGGUGGUCCAGAAUUUGCCAGCGCACUAAAAAAUAGUCACAAGGCCCUUAAAGCAUUGUUGAGGUCAUUGGCAGAUCUUCAGGAAGAGUUACUUUUCCAGUACCCAGACACUAGAUAUUUAGUAGAUGGGACAAAGCCCAAAGCAGAAAGUGAGGAGGAGAUUUCCAGUGAAGAUGAAGAUCUGUUAGAAGAGAAGAAGAAGCAGAGAAGGGCCCCACCAAAGAGGAAGCUGGAAAUGGAGGACUAUCCCAGCUUUAUGGCAAAGCGUUUUGCUGACUUUACAGCCUACAGGAACCGCACACUUCAGAAGUGGCAUGAUAAAACCAAGCUGGCUUCUGGAAAACUGGGGAAGGGUUUUGGUGCCUUUGAACGCUCAAUCUUGACUCAGAUCGAUCAUAUUCUGAUGGACAAAGAAAGAUUACUUCGAAGGACACAGACCAAGCGCUCCAUCUACCGAGUUCUUGGCAAACCUGAACCAGCAACGCAGCCUCUCCCGGAGAGUUUGCCAGGACAACCGGAGGUCCUUCCUCAAGCCCCUGCCAAUGCCCACCUGAAGGACUUGGAUGGUGAAAUCUUUGAUGACGAUGACUUUUACCACCAGCUCCUUCGAGAACUCAUAGAACGGAAAACCAGCUCCUUGGAUCCCAAUGAUCAAGUGGCCAUGGGAAGGCAGUGGCUUGCGAUCCAGAAGUUACGAAGCAAAAUCCACAAGAAAGUAGAUAGGAAAGCCAGCAAAGGAAGGAAACUCCGGUUUCAUGUCCUCAGCAAGCUACUGAGCUUCAUGGCACCUAUUGACCAUACUACAAUGAAUGAUGAUGCCAGGACUGAGUUGUAUCGAUCUCUUUUUGGGCAGCUCCACCCUCCUGACGAAGGCCAAAGGGACUGACUGCACCCGCCACUCUUGCUACAGGCCCGAGGCGGGGACCGGACACACGGACAGGCGGACACACCAUGCACCGGCUCGCCAGCCCCAAACACGGGAAGCCGUCAGCCCGUGACUUUGGGCUAGUUGGGGAGUCCUGGGCAGGUGGGGGAUUUAGAGCACGUGCCUAAUAAGACCCGGGAAGCUUGGAGUCAAGUGUACAUGUCCCCUGUGCUUCAGUUUGCUGGGGACCCGUGCCCCACGCUCGUUCACCAUCACAAAUAAACCGUGUUGUUACGGCCAUG